UUCCCCUGGAAAUAUCUAGAACAUGGUACCCUCCGGAAGUGACUUCAGGACCUCCGCGAGAGCCGUCUCCGCUCCUGCCGGAAGUGACGCAAGGCGGCGACAGCGGCGUCCUACUCGUAGGAUUUGGAGGGCGAGCUGACCCCUGGCCGCCGCAACGAUGGGCCGCGAGUUCGGGAACCUGACGCGGGUGCGGCAUGUCAUCAGCUACAGCCUGUCGCCCUUCGAACAGCGCGCCUUCCCGCACUUCUUCAGCAAGGGCAUCCCCAACGUGCUGCGCCGCGCCCGGGCGUCCGUCCUUCGCGUGGUGCCGCCGUUCGUGGUGUUCUAUCUGGUCUACACCUGGGGAAACGAGGAGUUUGCCAAGUCCAAGAGGAAGAAUCCAGCUGAUUUCGAACAUGACAAAUGAGCAGCUCUGGGGCCCGCAACGGCG